AUGUGGAGGCGUCAGCUGUCUGCAGAUGAAGUGAUGGAGAUGGCCAGCUGUCACCUCAACACCCCCGGGGACGUCUUCUCCUCCGCCUUGGCCAAGUUCGAGGUGUUUGGGAAUGUUACCGAGAUGUCGAUGCCCAUCAAGCAGCUGUGCAGUGUCUCUCCGAACUACCUGAUCAUUCCUGAAGCUCGGAAUUUCUUAGAUUCAACAACGCUGUGUCGAUCGUUCAACGCCUCUCCUGCCGUGCCCUCCUCCUCCUCUGACAACCACAUCCUCUACUCGGCUCUCCAGCCUUUCCUCAACAUCUGUAAUCCUUCGGCUUCGUGGAAACUUUGGAUCGGACUUACGGAUGUCUUAGAGGAUGGCGUAUGGAGGAACGUUCUCACCCAAGAGGUGGCCUCUUACCUCAACUUCUCAAAUGAAUUCCCCGUCUUAGGUACUAUCUAUAACUGUGUUGAGAUGGUGGAAGGAGGGUUAUGGACUGUAGACGCGUGUGAUCAGACCACCAAAAGAUGCGCCGCCUGUCAUAUAGAGAGAGAACAUUUCCUCAGUCUUCGAGGUCUUUGCUUUGAGGACGAACACCAAACUCGGUUUCGUUUAAAUGGUCACGUCAAUGGUAGACCCGUGUUCUGGGGUUACUACGACUAUAUCAUAAUAUGGGACAUCCUAGACAACAGAUGGUCUCUGAAGAACACUAUAAGUAAUGUGACUGUGGCUUGGACAGAAGUGUUGGAUUUGACCGAAUACCCUUUAGGACGCCGCAUGUGGAGGCUGGAAGAAUCUCUUUGUGGGGCACCCCAGGGCAGCAAUCUCCGGCUAGGACUCUCCCCGUGUUCCCUGCAGCAGUUCAUGUGUCACUCCGGCUCUUGCAUCGCUGCUCACCUCCGCUGUAACCUCAGGUAUGAUUGUGAAGACGGCAGCGAUGAAGACGAGUGUGAAGUGGUGGUAAUGAAGGGCGGGUACCAGAAACACCUAGCUCCUGCAGGGUCUGGAGGCUCCUUACUCACUGUCACGCCCUCUGUCACCCUUGCACGGGUCGCCUCUGUGGACGAGAUCAACCAAGCCAUCACCCUCGAGUUAGAACUGAGCCUCGCGUGGAAGGACGACCGGCUUGUCUUCAAGCACUUAGGAGUAACGACGGAGGGGGGGCUGUUGUCACAAGCGGAGAUGGGACAGGUGUGGCUACCCAGACACCAGCUGACCAACUUGGAGGGCGGUAAGAUAAAGCAACUUCACCAGGCUGUGGUGGUCAGGGGCACCGACACUGUCCAGAAGCCCGGAUUUAAUUCUGUUGAUACAGACCUAGUGUACCCCGGGGCUCAGAUGACCAUCACCCAGCGUUACACCGCCACCUUAACUUGUUCCUUCGAGCUGUAUUCCUAUCCUUUCGAUGCUCAGCUGUGUACCAUCGAUCUCACUUUCCCGCCAGACUACAAAGGUAACGUCAAGUUUGCCGUCAACAACACGAACAUUAUUUACACCGGGAAGAAGAAACUGUCUCUCUUUGUUGUGGAAAAUGUGAAGUUGUCGGGGAAAUCUAGCGAGAGUCUUGUUGUUGUGGAGUAUCAGCUGAACCGCCGUCAGGGAGUCAUACUGCUCACUACUUUCCUGCCGUCGUUCUUGCUCUUGUCUAUCAGCUGGGCAACGCUCUUCAUCAGAAUAGAGGACCUCAACGUCAGGGCGGUCAUGUCCCUCACCACACUACUCGUCCUGUAUACCCUCUUCUCCAACCUCUCCAGUUCCCUCCCAAAGACGGCGGAGAUCAAGCUCAUUGACGUAUGGUUCAUCUUCAUCAUUUCGCUCCUCUUCUCCAACAUCAUGGCUCACAUCUUUGCGGGUGCUGUGGAAGCGACUGUCAAAUAUCCCAAACGUAUGACUGUAGUGCCGCGAGACCAGACCGAGAUACAAGUGAAGAAACCAGCUAGUGGGAGGUUACUUUAUAUCCAGCGGUACUUAAUCAUACCCUUUGUUUUUAUCGUAUUUAACAUCGUUUUCUGGAGCCAAGUGUUCAGGUAGACAGACACUGUUAUCAGCCUUGAAGUUGUAUAUACCUCUUAUUAACUUUUAAUUGUUAUUGAUGUACUAGUGUAAUUACUAACCUUGUUAAGCGCUUUAAAGACCUUCGCUGAUGCUUAGUAAUAACAAUAGUCACACUUAGCCUCUCAAUAGUGUCGUCAAGCCUAAGAAAGAGAUUUUGAGGAAUUUGUUAUGUUGAACAUGGGAUCACAUCAACGAUUUUACCCGGAUUGUAUUUACGGUUACCACUUGUAAAUAAUAUAUGAAUAUUCCAUGGUUGUAUUUUAUGGUGUAUACUAUAUAUAUGUGU